GAUUUGACUGUAUGUCAUAUGACAACAGAAACAUAACAGAAGUGAAGAAGAAGACGUUUAUGUUACGACUGUUACGAGUGUUAUGUAUUGGUUAUGUAACUGUCAAAACGUUGACUUGAAAAAUGUUGUCCGGAGCUAUCUUUUCCAAACAAAUUCGUAACUUUAGUUUAGUAAAACGUAGUUUUACAGCAGGCAAAAUAAUCUACAACAAGCAAAGUGAUACCUCUACUCCUUUACAAAGUGUCCAAGGGCUUUCUGAGGCUUGUGUGAAGGUUCCUAGUGAACCUGUUGGUCCUGGAGCUGCGAAAAAUAGGGGAUAUAAAAACCCAGAAUACUUCUGUUAUGAUAAAAACAGUUAUUUUGAAGCUGAAAUUGAAAUGUUGAAGUACCGUUGUCCACAACCUUCCACAGAAACACCUUACUUCCCUACCAAAUAGAAAUAUUCUCAUUGAUUUGUUGGUAAUUUAUAAACUACAAACCUACAAGAGAAACAAGAAUAAUGAGUAUAAUAAUGUCCAGAACACUGCAUGAGAUGACCUUACCAAUCUACUGGAUUAUUGCUCUCAUCCAUGCACUGCAAAGCACAAAUACUAACAAACAAUAUACAAAUAAAGAUAUAGGCUCUCAACAAAAUACACAUUUUCCCUGACCACUGAUCUUCAACAAACCCAAUGAUAACACUCACUCAAGGGAAUUAACAUGAUCAUCAAAUAAGAACUGAUGAACAGCAAGCCACAAGCAAAGAAUAUAAUUUUAAAUACCUUAUCGAAUUUUUAUCUGGUGGAGUGCCAGGCCACUGG